CCCUGAGUUCCUGGAUUUCUGGUUCUGGUGACAAUUGCUGAUCUCCCCGUAGACUGUCCACAGUAAACCGAGCCUCAAGUAAACUCGGCGUUGGUGCCUCCUCCCUUGCUGUGCCCUGAGAUGGGUUUAUAAUCCCAGGAAAGUUAGUCACUGAAGCCCAUUUCUGUUUCUCCUCUGGGUCAUCUUGGAACUUCCAGCUUCUCCCCUCUGAGGAAAUGGAGAUGUUUAGUGUGGGCGAGGGUAACCUGUCCCACAAUCUCUUGUGGAACUUAGCAGUUCUGUUACAUUCCUCACCAUCCUUGAUGAACCAAGACUUUUGGAUCUUGUAUGAAACCUAUUAGGUAUCACUUAAAAGGAGUCAAUACACAAAACUGCUGGGUACUGUGUUCAUCCAGGCGGUUCCAUCUUCUCUACUUUCCUGGGAGUUUGUCAGUCCAGGAAAGGACUCCCGUUCUUGCCACCUUUUGGUAAGAAGUGCUCUCCCUGCCCUUCUAGCCGGGCUCCCCCCGCCCCGCCUCUGGGCCGCCUUCCCAGCCGCCGCCUCUGCAUGUGCGGUGUUUGUGUCCCCUUCCGCCGGGUGGGUUCAAAGAACUCUGUCGUCCGGGCUUACGUGUGACCUUUAACCCGAGCCGUGGGGUUGGGGUCGCUCGGCCCAGGCACUCGCGAGCGGCGACCGUUGGCAGGAUCGGGCGAUGUCGCCGCGCUGCUGGGUGAGGGCGCGGCCGCGGGGCGCGGGGCGGGAGGCUGAGCCGGGAUCGCGGCGGGCAGGGGCGGGGCUGGGAGUCGAGGCGGGGCGUCCUGGGGCUCCCGCUGUUGGAUCGCGGGUUCCGCCCGGAGAAAGGUGGCCGACGUCCGCCUGCACGGGGAGAAAGGCGCCUGGGGUGUGGGGACCCCUACUGUCCGCCUGUAACCUGGGUCAGCUCGAGUGCUUUGUUCGGAGUGAUUCUGACCACCUCGUUUGUAACGUGAUCAUUCUCGUGUUGCUUUGUGCAUUUUCAAUAUAUUACAUAAUAAAGACAUGGUCGCUUUUAGGGAAAAUGUCUGAAAAGCUAAGAAGAUGCAGGAAGGAGCUGACUGCAGCCAUUGAGCGGGCCUUUGAAGGAGUCAGUCAUUCCCAGGAGUGCACAGGUCAGCAGAGGCAGGAACUGGAUGCCACGCCACUUUCCUUCCCCUUCCCUGUGCAUAAGCUCCUCUGCAGAAGACAUCCGCUGGCCACCUGCUCCUCUGCUGCUCCAUUUGCGCCGGUCCCAUGUGCUCCUGAGAACGAGAGCCCUGCCCUUGCACCAAACCAUGCCCCAAUAAAUGCAAAACCACAUGCUUUAUGCCCUCAAAGAAAACCUCUGACCAGCAAGGAAAACGUAUUGAUGCAUUCCUCCGUUUUGGUACCUGAAAGGCAGUUUUGGAGAGCUGCAGGAGAUGGGGAAAACUGGAGAAAAGAAAAUUUAAGGAAAGAUAUGGAGAGAGAUUUGAAGUUUGACUCAAAUAUGCCACUUAACAGUUCUAGCCGAGAGGUCACAAAGGAUCUGCUUGAUAUGAUCGACCAUACAAGCAUCCGAACUAUUGAAGAAUUGGCUGGAAAACUAGAAUUUGAAAACGAGUUGAACCGAGUAUGUGGUCGCUGUGAAGACUCACCCUUCAAGGAGGAAGCCUGGGCCCUCCUCGUGGAUGAGAGCCCUCAAAAGCCCUCAGAUGAUCACCCUGGUGGCCUUAAGCAGGCUUUUGAUGAUCAUAAUAUUGUUGAGACUGUCCUGGAUCUAGAAGAGGACUACAAUUUGAUGACCUCUUUUAAAUACCAAAUUGAGUAAGGACAGUUGAUUUUAGCUUUGAUUCUUUAGAGCAAAAAACUGAUAUUAAGGAGCCAUGGUGGUGAUCAGGGGCUACAAUUUUUUUUUCACAUAGUUGGCAGAAUCUGAAUUACCACACCCCUUUAAACUUCCGGUUGUAUCCACUUCUGAGCUGAGAACUCAGUUUUUAUAUUCUGUUGCUUUGGAAUGCUUUUUACUGUUGGUGGGGUUUUUUGUUUUUGUUUUUUUUCAACUUUUCUUGCUAUCUUAAGUAUGUUUUUUUGAUUGAUGUUCAAUAUACCCAGCACCCGAAGUGGGUGCGGGUUGUGGGCC